AUGAACACAUCGAAGAUUCUGAAUCCAUCCAGCGAGAGAUACCAAAACCAACCCUCUCACAUACCCACCCAGAACCCACCCAGAACCCACCCAGAACCCACCCAGGACCCACCCAGGACCCACCCAGGACCCACCCAGAACCCACCCAGGACCCACCCAGAACCCACCCAGGACCCACCCAGGACCCACCCAGAAACCACCCAGGACCCACCCAGAACCCACCCAGAACCCACCCAGGACCCACCCAGGACCCACCCAGAACCGCACCCAGGACCCACCCAGGACCCACCCAGAACCCACCCAGGACCCACCCAGAACCCACCCAGGACCCACCCAGGACCCACCCAAAAACCCACCCAGGACCCACCCAGGACCCACCCAGAACCCACCCAGGACCCACCCAGGACCCAUCCAGGACCCACCCAGGACCCACCCAGGACCCACCCAGAACCCACCCAGGACCCAUCCAGGACCCACCCAGAACCCACCCAGGACCCACCCAGAACCCACCCAGAACCCACCCAGAACCCACCCAGGACCGUCUCACAUACCCACCCAGAACCCACCCAGAACCCACCCAGGACCCACCAAGAACCCACCCAGAACCCACCCAGGACCCACCCAGGACCCACCCAGGACCGUCUCACAUACCCACCCAGAACCCACCCAGGACCCACCCAGGACCCACCCAGAACCCACCCAGGACCCACCCAGGACCCACCCAGAACCCACCCAGGACCCACCCAGGACCCACCCAGAACCCAGCCAGAACCCACCCAGGACCGUCUCACAUACCCACCCAGAACCCACCCAGAACCCACCCUGGACCCACCCAGAACCCACCCAGAACCCACCCAGGACCCACCCAGCCCAUUCCCAUUUGGGCACAAGAGGCCCAGGCUCAGAGGUCCAGACUCAGAGGUCCAGCCUCAGAGAACCCGCCUCAGAGAUCCAGUCUUAGAGAUCCAGCCUCAGAGGUCCAGCCUUAGAGGCCCAGCCUUAGAGGCCCAGCCUCAGAAGCCCAGACUCAAAAGCCCAGUCCCAGAGGUCCAGCCUCAGAGAUCCAGUCCCAGAGGUCCAGCCUCAGAGGUCCAGCCUCAGAGGUCCAGCCUCAGCGGUCCAGCCUCAGAGGUCCAGUCCCAGAGGUCCAGCCUCAGAGAUCCAGCCUCAGAGAUCCAGCCUCAGAGGUCCAGCCGCAGAGGUCCAGCCUUAGAGGUAGAGGUCCAGUCCCAGAGGUCCAGCCUCAGAGGUCCAGCCUCAGAGGUCCAGCCUCAGAGGUCCAGUCCCAGAGGUCCAGCCUCAGAGAUCCAGUCCCAGAGGUCCAGCCUUAGAGGUCCAGCCUCAGAGGUCCAACCUCAGAGAUCCAGUCCCAGAGGUCCAGCCUUAGAGGUCCAGCCUCAGAGAUCCAGUCCCAGAGGUCCAGCUUCAGAAGCCCAGUCCCAGAGGUCCAGCCUCAGAGGUCCAGCCUUAGAGAUCCAGCCUCAGAGGUCCAUUUCAGAGGUCCAGUCCCAGAGGUCCAGCCUCAGAGGUCCAGCCUCAGAGAUCCAGUCCCAGAGGUCCAGCCUCAGAGUUCGAACCCCUUUAGAGCUGAUUGACACACCGGUUUAUCGAUCUAAGUAA